CCAAUUACAAAAUUACGUAUUUAUUAUACUCAGGGUCCACUUGAGUAGGAGUAGUAGUAAAUUUAACCGACUAGCCGUGCCCCAAUGUGCAAACCCGACCCGUAUUAGUGUGUAGUCUCCACUAAAACCCUCCUUGUCCCCUAAUUCUCCAUUCACUGCAAAAUGAAUUCAGUAGCUACUAAACUUGUCAAAUUCUUGCGUUGUUCUCCAGCGGCCACCCCAGUGAUGAUGGGUGUGGAAGGAAGCUCUAGGUUGUCCUAUUCAACUGGUACAUUUGGUAGUGAUGGAGAUGAGCCUGCAAGUACUAAUGAAGCUGUUGAAAUUGAUGAUAGUGACUUUCUUCCUGAAAAGCCUGAAUUGCAGCUGCAAAGUGUGGAUCCAAGAAAGGGUUGGAAUUUUCGGGGUGUUCACAAGGCUAUUAUAUGUGGCAAAGUCGGGAAUUCUCCUUUGCAGAAGAUAUUGCGAAAUGGACGAACUGUCACUAUCUUCACUGUUGGAACAGGUGGCAUGUUCGAUCAGAGAAUCCGAGACAGAGACUUGCCUAGGCCUGCUCAGUGGCAUAGAGUCGCUGUGCAUAAUGAAUUGAUUGGGGAAUACUCCGUUCAGAAACUUACCAAAAACUCCUCAGUCUACAUUGAGGGUGAUAUUGAAACCAGAGUCUACAAUGACAGUCUCAGUGGUGAAGUUAAAAGCAUACCAGAAAUUUGCGUGCGCAGAGAUGGGAAGGUUCGGCUUCUAAAAGGUGGUGAAAGUCUCAGCACUAUCUGUAUUGAUGAGCUCCGAGAAGGAUUGAUGUAGAAACUCAUUGAUAAUUUGUUGAAAUAUGGGACGUGGUUGGUGGAGUUGGGGUUGCGAUGGGAGGAAGCAGCUUAGGAGUGGCCUAUUUUUUCUAAAUUUACUCUGCAGUAACACAAGUUUACUUAUUUCCAAUUAUAACUUGAAUAACUUCAGUUAUUAGUUUGCCUUCUACGACUAGGGUCCAUCUUCUUCUCACUUGUAUUUUGUUCAGAAGCAGGAAGAGAUGCCCUUUUUGGGGCACCGUUAUUUAUUGGAUAGUUGUUUCAUUCGCCA